AUGAAGUUAGAUGUCACGACACGUUGGAAUUCAACUUUUGAAAUGUUGGAUUCAGCUAUAGCUUUGAGACCUGCCUUCUCUCACUAUGCGGAGCAUGAUAGUGCGUAUAUUUGGCUACCUUCUGAAGAUGACUGGUCAAGAGCUGAAUCAGUUCGUAAGUUCCUUUCUGUUUUUUACAACAGCACAAAGAAAUUUUCAGGCUGCAAGUAUCCAACAGCAAAUAUAUUUUUGCCUGAACUUUGGAAGGUAAAAGAUGCCUUGCGUAAAAGUAGUAGUGGACAAGACUUUUUACACUUCAUGAUCAUAGUUGUUCUUGAUCCUCGGUACAAGAUGUUUAUGGUUUGCUUCAUAUGUAAUAGGUUGUAUGGUGUGAUGGGUGUUGCUGAGGCCGAAAAGAUUUCUAGUGCAGCCAGUGAAUUAUACAAUUUGUAUGCAUGUGCCGCAAAAGAACAAUCUCCUCAUCUGCGUCCGAUGUGGGGGAAAGAGACCUCUAUUGAUGAGGAGUUCGAUGAAGAGGAGAGUGAUAAGAUUGAAGAGACAGUGCCUGCAGCUGCAAUAUGA